AUGUCAAAUAUCACCAAAUUAUUUGUUAAAUCAACUAAAAACUUUUCUAGAUCAUUUUCAAGAAAAACAGUUGACCCAUCAUAUUUAAAGAUUUCACCAGAAACUAAAAUUACAACAUUAUCAAAUGGUAUUAGAGUUGCAACAGAACAAACAUAUGGUGAAGUUGCAAGUGUAGGUGUUUGGGUUGAUAGUGGUUCAGUUUAUGAAACUGAUAAGAAUAAUGGUGUAGCACACUUUUUAGAACAUAUGAUUUUCAAAGGUACAGCCAAACGUCCAACACCACAAUCAAUUGAAACUGAAAUUGAAAAUAUGGGUGGUAGUUUAAAUGCAUUCACUAGUCGUGAACACAGUGCUUACUACAUGAAAGUUUUAAAAGAUAACGUACCAAAUGCCGUUGAUAUCCUCUCUGAUAUCUUACAAAAUAGUAAAUUUGAAACCUCAUUAAUUGAACAAGAGCGUGACACCAUCCUCAGUGAAAACGAUUAUAUUCAAUCCAAAGAAGAUGAAGUUGUCUUUGAUCAAUUACACGCCGCCGCUUUCCAAGGUUCAGCAUUAGGUAGAACCAUUUUAGGUCCAGUCGAAAAUAUUAAAUCAAUUACUCGUGAACAAAUUCAAGAAUUUAUCAAUGAAAAUUAUACUGGUGAUCGUUUAGUUAUCUCUGCUGCUGGUGCAGUUAACCAUGAACAACUCGUUGAACAAGUUAAAGAGAAAUUCGCAAACGUAAAGAUGUCACAAGUUUCUAAAGAUGUAAAGAGAGCCGCAAUCACCAAUGACUUUAUUGGUUCAGAACUCCGUGUCCGUGAUGAUGAACAACCAUUGAUUCAUUUUGCCGUUGCUGUUAGAGCCCUUCCAUGGACUGAUCCAGAUUACUUUGUUUUAGAAUUAAUUCAAACUAUGAUUGGUAACUGGAAUCGUGGUAUUGCCGCCGGUAAAAACAUUGCAUCAAACCUUGGUGAAAUUGUUGCCACUGAAGAUCUUGCAGAAUCUUAUUCUACCUUUUUCACUUGUUAUCAAGAUACAGGUCUUUUCGGUAACUAUGGUGUUUGUCAACCAGAACGUGUUGAUGAUUUAGUUGCUGAAAUGUUGAAGGAAUGGCAAAGAAUCGCAACUAGUUGCAAUAAAAAUGAGGUAGAACGUAACAAACAAAAACUUUUAGCUACCACAUUAAUGCAAUACGAUGGUACCAGUAAAGUUUGCGAAGGCAUUGGUCGUCAAAUUUUAACUUUAGGUCGUCGUUUAUCACCAUUUGAGGUAUACACACGUAUUAAUGAAAUCACAGUUGCUGAUGUUCAACGUGUUGCAUCUACCCUUCUUCGUGAUGUUUCACCAGCAGUUACUGCCAUUGGCCCAAUUGCAAACUACCCUGACUACAAUUUUGUUAAAGGCUGGACUUAUUGGAACAGAUUAUAG